UUGGAAAAAGUGAUUCUCCCGGAUAUGCUUACCAUCAAUACGCGCUCAAUUCAAGUAAUGGAAAUUGCAGAAGAAAUCGCGCCAUUUGGUGGAUUGUGCAGUAUUUAUCGGUUUCCAAUUGGGGCACCGUCUUCAAUUACUGGAAGAGCAGCUUCAACAGCCUUCAAAAUGCAUCUUUUGGAGGCAAGCGCGCAGAAGAUGUCGGGCCGUCCGCGACCUGGACAAGGGCAGACUGCGCGAACAUGUCUACUAUGCAAUUAGUCUCACAAUUUCGGGUGGAUGAAGAUAAGUUGGCUAUCAUAUUUCAACAGACCAGCUUCUCUUUUCCUGUUCUGCCAAGUCCCGUUCAGUACUAUGUUGCACGCCUGCUCACCCCCGCAAUCCUGCGAUGGCUAGAACAACGCCAAUGUCGAUCCACGGACGGGGAAAGACCGCCGAUUGAAAUAGCUCAAGCCGCUAAAGCCCUCUGCAAUACGUGCUGCGAACAUUCAGACCCCUAUCAUAUAGAUGCUCAGUUUUGGCAAUUGAUCUGCUGUUUGAUGGCCGUGCAGUGGAAAUAUUUGCCAGAAGCAGUUACUGAAACGGAUGGCAAAAACCAAAUGAUCAAUGAUCUAUGCGCAUUUAUCGAGAUGAUUAGAAAAAAUCUCCGCUCUCCCAAGCAAUGCAAUGCUGCAGCGAAAUGCCUGAUUUUUUUGUGCAAGCUAACUCACAUUUUUCCUUCUGAUUCUGGGGUGUGGACCUGUAUAAUGGAGGUCAAAGCCCAAUUAGAGAAAGAAUUGUUUACACCUCAACAGCCGCAACUCGAAGUUGACGGUAUUCCUUUUGGUUUCAAUACCACAGUGGAGGCUCUUAUUGUCCUUUCGCAGCUUGAUCCGGAUUCCAUCCUUGCCAAUAUUUUAUCGCAGCUUUCUGAAAGCGAAUAUCAUGAAAAAUUAGCAUUCAUCAUACUGAACGCAUGCUGCGAGCUUGCAAUUCAACCUGAUCCACGACGAUUUUUCUCCAUUUUUCGCAAGAUGGCGCCUUUUGCUUGGAUGAAUCUACUGGCAGCUCAACACUGGGUUCAGGGCGAUGCUUUCAGCGAUGGCCCGCUACCCCCCGAGUACAUUAAAGAUGGAUAUGCUGCCACUCAAAACACGGCUAUAAUUCGCGUUGCGUUAACAUUCUUCAUCCUACUCCCUGAAAUGCUUUGCCUGAAGGACAUCAAUAAAGUUGUCCAGCUGAAGGACGAGGAAGAACGCCAAUAUCAAUGCCUGCUUCAGUAUAUAAUAGCGCCUAAUCCCGAGAUAUCUCGACUCGGCGGACAAGUAAUCGUUGAGUCAAUGGCUGUAACCGUACUUGACAGGGAAGAACUCCGAACAGGUGGCGGCCGCUCUCCCACAGCCUUUUGGAAUUUUUCGUCCAAGAUUAUGUUAAUGUUAGCGAGAGGUCUGCUAAACACCAUCGACGAGCCUUCCUCUAAAACAUUACUCGAUUACAGUGCGACAUUUCUCGAGUCAAGACUGUGCAUAAUUUCAGCAGACAAGAUGAUUAGCGGAGAAACCCAACACCAUGACUUAAGGCUAGCGGCCUCUUCUGACUUGGAAACAGCUCUCUUACUCUAUCUCUGUUCCAGCGAUCUGGCAAUGUGUGCCAAAGCUAUGAGCUCGCUCACAUAUAUUUGCGAUGAAGGGCGCUUGUACGAAAAGGAACUGGAAGAAGUAAAAUCGUUAAUUUCAGUAGCCGCGAAUCUUGAAGUCUACUGCGAAAUCUCUUCUCGAAGUUUUCGACUGACAGGCAUGGUUGCCUUUCAAAAAAGACUUCGCCGCUGUUUGUUGAAGAUAUCAAAGCCGACUGCUGGGCUGAUACGAGCUUGGCGGACUGUGUUCCUGCGAUGGUCGCGACUCAAUCAACACUUUCUUGAUGAUAAGUCAUGGAAGGAAACUCUGCCUGAGAGGAACUUUGAUAUGUCAGAGGCUUCUUAUUUUACUGAAUGGCGCAACUACUCGGGAUUUCUCGCUGCUUUAGGAAGCGUGUGCAAGCCCGAUGGCGAUGUUGACCUUGAUCCUCGUUCUACAAGUCUGGAAGUCUCAAACGACAAGGAGUCUUUAGCAUUUUUGUCUCAAAAGUACCUUCUGGAAUCUCUCAAAAUCCUUGUGUGCGGAAAGAUCUACGCCCAGGAAGCAAUCAAAGAUGUUCUUGGCUCCGAGCUUCAUGCGGUGCUCCAUCCACAACUGUUACUGGCCCUGGAUUCUGAGCUUGAGACCAUGAUCGGACCGCAAACAAGUAUGACCUCUGAACGGCAAUUGCUUUUUAUAGAGCAAGCAGCAUCUAUUCUUCGUCUUAUCGUUUCAAGUCGGUUAGAUCACCCAAAGGAGUCGUCAUCUCCUGUAGAUUUUGGUCAAAUCUCCCUUCGUUUGUGUCGCUUUCUGCACGCUUUGCGAGAUACGAACAAUGUGCUCCGGGUGAAGAUCAAAAUAUGCCAUCUAUUUGAGGGAGUGGCUUGGAAAGCCGAGAUAUUAAUACUUCGACACGAUUUGCGCAUUCGAAACCAAAUGGCAGAGGUACUCUUUGACUGGUUAAGCAGGUCGAGUCCUGCGGGAUUGGAAAAGAUUAAGGCCGAUCUUGACCGAUCAUGUCUCAGGGCUUUGAUGCGUUUGACGUAUCAUAUGCCAUUGCAAUUUAUGGAUGAUACGAGCGAAAAUGAUUCUGCAGAUUUACGCAUCGAUAGGUUUCGCAACUACUUUACAAGCUUCAUUUCUGUCCUAAAAGAGGCAGAUACAAAUCGGCCCCCGCAGAAGGACAUUUUUUCCAGUUCAUCCGCACGUGAGGAACAACACACUGCUUCAGACCUUGCAAUAACGGGCCUCUCGAAUCUUUUGAGUGCAAACGUUGACGUCGGUCUCAAGCAAGUACUUGAUCUUGGCUAUCACAAUGAUCCCAGAUUAAGGAUUGUAUUUAUGCGUGUUUUAUGUGAUGUUGUAGUGCAGGGCAGUGAGUUGACCAGAUUAUCUGAUCCUGCCCUCAUUCAAAAUUACGCGGCUCUUCUUCAACUCCUUAUCCGCAAUCCGAGGAUUGGGAUUGCCUUAGCUGAAUGCUCCCCAAACAACGGAUUAGAUGAGGUGACUGUAUCUUUAAUUGAUGUGUUCGAAGCGAGAGGUCUAGGCUACGAAUUUCUCAAAGAGCUAAUUGUUCACGAAAUUGAAUUGACUGAGAAUGAAUCCGAGAUAUUGAGACGGAACUGCAUUGCAACCAAAGUUCUCUCGCACUACGCUAGGUGGAAAGGUUCCUGCUACCUUCAAAAGACCCUCGGUAGAACCUUGUCACAGCUUCUAUCCUCUCCUGGAGAAUUGGAUAUUGAGCUUGACCCCACUAGAGUCGGUAGAGCUGAGGAUGUUGAAAGUAAUAUUCUGAAAUUGCAGAAGGUAGCGAUUGCCCUCAUCGAUAGUAUUUGCAGAUCUGGACGUCAUGCUCCCGCCUCUUUCCGAAGAAUUUGUAGUACCAUAGCAUCGGCGGUCUCAGGACGCUUCCCGGAAGCGAAAUUUAUUGCAGUUGGAUCAUUUGUCUUCUUACGAUUUUUUUGUCCAGCAAUUGUUGCGCCUGACGUGGAGCAGCUUAUUGACAUUCCUAUUACGAAAUCGGCUCGUCGAGGAUUGCUGCUGGUUGCUAAAGUUCUACAAAAUUUGGCCAACAACGUUCUGUUCGGUGCAAAGGAAUAUUAUAUGCUUCCCUUGAACGAUUUCUUGUGUACUCAUAUCUAUCGAGUCAGCACUUUUCUCAGAGAGCUAUCACAGCAGAAUUCCACCAAGUUAGAAGAAGAUGAUGCCGAAGAGGGAGAAGGAAAGGAGGAGGAGGAGGAGGAGGAGGAAGAAGAAGAAGAAGAAGAAGGAGAAGAAGAAGAAGAAGAAGAAGAAGAAGAAGAAGAAGAAGAAGAAGAAGAAGAAGAAGAAGAAGAAGAAGAAGAAGAAGAAGAAGAAGAAGAAGAGAAAGAAGAAGUGGGCAAUGAAACAUUUGAGUUUGGAUCUUCUGUGGCGCUGCAUAAAUUUAUCUACGACCACUGGGAAAUGAUCAAACACCGUCUCAACGCUUUAGAAAGAACAAUGCGUAAGGAUAUGGCGUCAAAUACGAGUCGAGCAACUUCCUUUUCUCGCUCAAAAACAGCACCAGAACGCUUCACCGACUUGUUGUCGAAACUUGGAGCACCGCCGGUGGAGAUGACUUGGGUACCUCCACAGAUUUUUUCGAGCAGCCCCCAAUCCUACUGCCGAUUUCAAGAAUUCAUGAUACGCAACGCGGCAGGGACUGGGGCGCUGAGGCCGGCUGCCAGUGCUAUAUAUGCCGGAGGGGAAAGCAAGGAUGGCCUUCCGGUAAUCUGUGUGGUUUUGAGAGAGCUUGAACUUGAAGGAUUAGACGAAGACCUGAUCCUCUACUGCUUUUUUAAGAUUGCAAGCCGCAUGUGGCAAAGAAAAUUUGGAGUCGUAAUCGAUGCCACAUGUUACAGUAGCAUGAACGAACCCCAAGACGAUCUGUUUCGGAAGUUGAGUUUGUUUGCACCUCAGGAAAUGGCCAACAACUUUUCUAGGAUAUAUACAUAUAAUAUGAAUAGCGGGUAUCGGAAAUGCUUCCGCAGAGUUGUUCGCAAUGCGAUUUACGAUGUUAACCAUAUACUCAACCCAAGGAAUGUGGAAUACCGGACUAUUGGAAGCCUCCAGGAAUUACAGGCACACUUCAACCUGGGAGCGCUUCAUUUACCGAAAAGCACUAUCUCCGUCGUGACGGACUCCAAAUUUGUUUUCCAGCCUGUUACAAGGUUGUCUAAGACAAGAGGCAAGGUUGAUGUGGUCAUAAAGAUAGGCGGGUAUUUUGUGCAAGUCACUACAACUAGAAAGCAAGAAAUUAUUCCUGGGUCUCGACAGCAGGCAGCCAUCAAUGAUAUUUUCCGCCUCGCCGAUCUUGAGGAGGCCUCCCACAGUACACAGGGACGUGAUAACGACUCAUUUGGAUUCAAAACAGGAGAUGGCAAGAUAAUCAUGCUUUUCACGAGUCCCAGGAAAGUCGAUAUCUUGCAAGCAAUGCGUGCUGCCAAAUCCAAAAUCCUCAAAGGCUCGGACAAAGUUGUAGGCUCGGAACGCAUAAUCAAGUCUGACGACGUACCGGGAAGCCUUAUUAACAUAUGCCUUACAAAUCUGACUAGCGAAUAUCCAUCUCUGCGGACUUCAUCGUAUAGGCUUCUGUGCUCACUAGGGAAAAAGCACAGAUUUUCCCUUACAGAUCUCGCGACUAAUGCCGGAGCUAUCUCAACGCUGCCUCUGCUGCCGCAGACCAUUUCCCCUGAGGCCCAUUCACUGAGAUCGAUUCUGGUUCCUGCACAUCCAGCUGCCCUGGUUCUUGAUAUUAGCAAGCAUCUAGCAUUCUCACAAGUCCAUUUGACAUAUGACCUCCUGAUGGAGUUUUUUAUCGGCUGGGACUGCAUCUCAGAAUCACAAAGAGCAAACUAUCUGAGCUAUAUCACUCCCUGGGUAUCUAAUCUUCGCAGUGAUGUCUUGUCUUCAGACGAGGAUUCCACUAGAGGAAGAGAAAAACUUGCUUCUGUAGUACGGAAAAUGAUCGCUCUAAUCGUUAAACACCCAGAAUUGGACUUCUUAAUUCAAAACACAAUAUGCUCGGCUAUUGCAAAGGAUGACUGGCUUAUCGAUAGUGUUGUCGAAGAGAUGCUCCGAUAUCUUCAGGUGGCUGUAGACGACGAGACGACAACCGAUGUCUUCUCUUCAAUUCUUAAGCGCCUAGGAACAGGCCUUGUGCUAGGAAAAGUUGUGGCUCGAAUCCGCAAAGCCUUAAAUCGAAGCUCCUUGCGACCAACUAAGUCAUUGUGCGAGAAUGAUGUUUGGCCGGAGCUUAUUUCUCUUCUCAAGAUACUGCAGGCUCUUUCUUUUGAGUGUCCACACCUUGUACAGUCAUUCCUCCCUGAGAUGUUCCACGUGAUUGUCAUUACCUACAACUGCGGAUCGAGAAAUGCUGCGGCUAUCACCCGUGCUCUUCUAAUCACGACAAUACGUUCCGUUUCACUCGUGGCACCAGGUCGACAGGGCGAUCUGAACCCGUUGGAAGUUCUACUCAGUUCGAUAUUAAGAAAAGGUUCACAUUUAUUUCAUUGGAUGCUGCAAUCUGAUUCACAAAUGGAAUCUUCUGGCAGUUCUAAUAUAGCCGCGAUUGAGAGCCUCACAAUGACUCUUGUGGACGUCAUCCGUCUCGGAGCUACUUCUGUCGAUUUAGCUAACACCUGGCGGGCACGCUGGAUGAGCAUAGUGUCCAGCAGUGCAUUCCAAAGCAAUCCUGCCGUGCAACCAAGAGCAUUUGCAAGUUUGGGCUGUUUAGCUCAAGGGGGCGCUGAUGAUGACCUUCUCUAUCAAAUUUUGGUAGCACUUCGUGGUAGCAUCAAAGCCUUUGCGGCGGAUGACGAAGAUGAAAUGCUUAUCGUCAUCCUUGGGAGUUUAUCAAAGCUAAUGGAAAACUUGACUACGUCCUCGCGAUACACUGUCCAGAUUUUUUGGCUUGCUCUUUCAUUAUUCAGGGUGCUCCCCUUAAAUUGCAUUAAUAACGCUGCUUCUCUGUUAGAGACAAGUUUGCGAGCAAUUUCCAAAUUCUCCAACUUGAAGGGCCGCGAUUUGCUUCUACUCAUUUUCCGAGGUAGGGCACCUAUGAUCAAGGGAUUAUCGAAACUCGACGACUGGUGCGGGGUCCAAUUUAGCUUAGAAUUUUUCCAUGCGGCUGUCGUUACUACGUUGAUUCAAGCCAUCGGCGGUCCCCUUCCAAGACAAAUCGGAAAGACCACCGCAAACACUUUCCUGGAAAUUUUCAGUUCCGAUAUACCAGAAACCAAAUGCUUCCCAGAGGAUCCCUCUUUAAUUCCUUAUUUGACGUACUUAUUGCCGAGAGCAACAGAAGCGGAAGAGAAAAAUGAAAUCUUAUGGCUUACUGGAGGACCACGGACCAUUGUUACUGAAGUACCAGGACGGAUCUACGACAUGUUUGAUCUCGAACGUUUAAGUCUGACUGAACUUGCGCUUGAUGCAGCUCUCUGCUUGGACGAUUGCUCUGCGCAGGAUGAUUCAAUAAGAGGGCAGAUUCUAUCAUUUCUUGUGCCGGUAUUCAGGACUAAACCAGAAGUCACUGCAAUGAUGGCACCCAGCUUGAUGGGAAUUUUGCAUAACCUUCUAAAAAAUUCUCGAGAUGUCCAAACUCUGGAAAUAGCUCACAUCCUCACUCGACUGGUGUCGUCAACACAGCCACAGAACAGUCAUACACCGGACCUCCUCCGGAAAUUGGCCACCAGUGCAGGCUUCUCGGGUUUGAAGGUAGCCAAGGAAGAUGAAGGCGAGCAAGAAGAUCAAAUCAAAAUCGAGACCGUAAUAGGUCUUAUUGAGGAUAUCGUCAAUUGAAAUGCAUUUUGUGUCGGGAACACAGCCGUGCCCCGCCCGCUCUUCUGGUCAGCCUCGCUCUCAUUUAAUGUUAGGGCUCGAAUGCAAAGAGGUAGACAGCUCAUGCUUGAAAAGAUAUUUCCUUGUUUUCCUUACUUUCUCGAUCCAUUUCUCCGCAUUACAAUAAUAUCUUCUCUUCAUAUUCAAGAUAUACGAAAGUAGUACUCCUCCAGUUUACGGAUUCGCCGUUGAAAGCAGAUAUUGAAAAGCUUUUGCAUGGGGACACAUGACUGCCAAGGAUGAUAAGAGGAUUGUGUAAAUUGAAAGUGUUAUUAUUUGUAUCUCAAGAGAUGAGAAGGAACACGUAAAAUAGACAGGGAACGUCACAUUUUCCACCUUAAAGAAGCAUCUGAGCAAACGAAGAAAUUACGAAAGCUCCUUUACUGCAACAAUAAUCUUAUAAAAGC